UUCAUUGUAUUUUUUACAUUCAUUGUAUCACUUAUCAGAAUGUAUUCAUGCACUAACUUUCAGAUAAUUAGAGUUUACAAAGAUAAAGAUCAUGCUGAAGUUGAGUUCACUAUUGGUCCAAUACCUACGGAUGAUAGUGUUGGGAAAGAAGUUAUUACAAGAAUGACAGCUAAUAUGGCCACAGAUAAAGUGUUCUACACUGAUUCUAAUGCUAGGGACUUCCUCAAAAGGGUUCGGGAUUAUAGACCCGGAUGGCCCCUCACAGUUACUCAACCUAUAGCAGAAAACUACUAUCCAAUCAAUCUUGGAAUUUUCGUAGAGGAUAAGGAAUCUGAGUUCUCUGUUUUGGUUGAUCGAGCAACUGGAGGAGGCAGCAUUAAUGAUGGAGAAAUUGAAUUGAUGCUUCAUAGGCGCAUUCUACAUGAUGAUUCUAGAGGAGUAGAUGAAGCGCUUGAUGAGUCAGUAUGUGUGGAUAAUACAUGUGAAGGAUUAACGAUUCGCGGAAAUUACUACAUGAGUAUCAAUAAGCUUGGUACGGGAUCACGUUGGCGCCGGACAACUGGUCAAGAAAUUUAUUCACCCCUGCUUUUAGCCUUUUCGCAUGAGAACACUGAAAAGUGGAAAUCUUCUCAUUUGAUUAAGGCCACAUCAAUGGCUGCAAAUUAUAGUUUACCUCUCAACGUUGCAUUAAUUACAUUACAGGAGUUAGAUGAUCAAAGUGUGCUCCUCCGUUUGGCACAUAUAUACGAGGCUGGUGAAGAUACAGAAUAUUCAUCGCUUGCGAAAGUUGAACUGAAGAAGUUGUUCGCUGGAAAAACUAUAAAGGCAUUGAAGGAAACAAGCUUAUCAGCAAAUCAAGACAGGUCAGAAAUGAAGAGGAUGACUUGGAAAGUUGAAGGUCAAAAUGGCAGCGACCCAAAUCCGAUUAGAGGUGGUCCUGUAUACAUGUCAAGUCUCAUUGUUGAGCUUGGUCCAAUGGAGAUCCGGACUUUCCUCUUGAGAUUUUAAAGGGCUGAUCCUCUAACCAGAGGAGUCUAAUAAUCAGUAAUAUUGAUGACUAUCUUUAGGAUGCCCAAAAUGAAGAGAGGAAAUGCUUAUGUUACAAAGAACAAUUGGUUGUCCUCCCAAAUUUGACAAUUUUCUGUUGGUAUUUCUUGGCUUUUGAUAGCUUCUGCCAAUGAUAGAAUGCUAGAGAAUGAACUAAAGAAAUAAAUGAAUAAGAUUGUGUUUGAUUGCAAGUAUGGAAUCCAAAUGGAAAGAAAAUAAAUUCUAGAA